AUGUCAUUUAACAACCAGGGACAGGAUAAGAUAGACACAUCAAGAUUGACUAAUGUGGCCAGUAUUCUGACCACUCCAGCUGGCAGUAUCUUCGACUCCAGAAAGUUACAUCCACUGGCUGGACUUGAUAAAGGUGUCGAGUAUAUGGAUCUGGAAGAAGAACAAUUGUCUACUAUGGAAGGGUCCCAAGGGCUACUUCCUUCACGUGGUUGGACCGAUGAUCUUUGUUAUGGUACCGGUACCGUGUAUUUGCUUGGUCUAGGUAUUGGUGGUGUUUCUGGUCUUUUCCACGGUUUACAGAACCUUCCUCCUAACAGCCCAGGUAAACUGAAAUUGAAUACUGUGUUGAAUAGCAUAACCAAAAGAGGUCCAUUUCUAGGUAAUAGCGCAGGUAUAUUGGCCCUAUCUUACAACAUCAUUAAUUCAUCCAUUGAUUCCAUAAGAGGCAAGCACAACACCAUGAACUCGGUUGCAGCGGGUGCACUAACGGGUGCGAUCUUCAAAUCUUCUAAAGGUCUCAAACCCAUGGCAUAUGCCUCCGGUUUGAUGGCUGGUACUGCCGCAAUAUGGUGUGGAUUCAAGAAAUCCGUACUAGAAUAG